AUGACAACUAGCGUCCCUGAAGAUUUGAAGACUCCCUAUGUGUUCUUGGGGCGAUCAGGCCUCAAGGUAUCCAAUAUCUGCCUUGGUACAGGAACCUUCGGAGAAAGCAGGACAGGCAGGCCUGGGCAGACAGACGAGCAAGCAUCCCAUGAGCUGAUCAACCGCUUUGUUGAAUGGGGCGGCAACUUCCUGGACACAGCAGAUAUUUAUGGAAGCGGCCUGUCGGAGACCAUCGUUGGCAAGUGGCUGGAGACACAACAUCGGGACAAGUUUGUGAUCGGUACCAAAGUUCGUGGAAACAUGGGAACACAGGAGAACGUCAACAACGUGGGACUGAGUCGACGACACAUUACUAAAAGUAUCGAUAGAAGUCUUCAGAGACUGCACACAGACUUUGUGGAUCUUUACCAGGCCCACCAGUUUGACCCCGCCACGCCACUGGAGGAGACAUUCAGGACAUUCGAUGAUCUGGUUCGUGGAGGCAAAGUCCGUUAUAUCGGGGUCAGUAACUUCAACGGCUGGCAGAUGGAGAGAGUCGUCAACACGGCCAGGACUUUGGGGAUCAACCCCAUCAUUAGCUUGCAGCAACAAUACAGUUUGGUCUGCAGAGAGUCGGAGUUCGAAGCCUUCCAGGUGUGCAAGUCUGCAGGUAUCGGGGUCCUGCCCUAUAGUCCCCUCAAAUGGGGCUUGCUGGCGGGGAAGGUAAAACGGGGCGUGCAGCCCAGCGACGGAAGGCUGGGAUGGGCUGCUCAACAAGGCGGAAGAGGAAAUCAGUUUACCGAUAAAACGUUCGAUAUCGUGGAAGCUGCAGAAACUAUUGCAAAAACACGAGGUCGAACCACGGCCCAGGUGUCGCUGAGAUGGCUUCUCCAGAGGGACGUGGUGUCUUCAGUCAUCAUCGGAGCUACCAAACUGGCACAGCUCGACGACAACAUGGCCGCCAACGGCUGGUCACUCACACCAGAAGAGAUGAAACAACUUGAUGACGUGUCUGCCCCGGUGACAACCUACCCAUACGACAGACAAAGACUUAACGGCGAUCGCUUUAAUCCUGCAAUCAAAGACUCCCAUGUGAAGUCUACAAGCACAUAA